UCCGACCGGAAGCGGAAGUUGUGGCGGUCGAGGCGGCUCCGGCGCUUGCGGGAGCUUUCCCGGGCGGUCCCGAGGUUGGCGGCCCGGGCCUAGCGGAACCCUGAAAUCCCGGGCCUCGGCGUCGGACGAAGGGAAGGCCAGAGCUCGGCGGCCCCGGAGGGCUCGGGGCCGCGGCGGAUGCGUACGGUCGUCGGGGCAGGAGGAGCGGCCCGCGCCCAGCGAGAGGUGGACGCCCGGGUCAGUGCUCCCUUCUCCCGCCUCCAGGCAUGGGCUCCAAGGCCAAGAAGCGCGUGGUGCUGCCCACCCGCCCAGCGCCCCCUACGGUGGAGCAGAUCCUGGAGGACGUGCGAGGAGCGCGGGCCCAGGACCCCGUUUUCACCGCGCUGGCCCCGGAAGGUGUCCAAGACCGCGAACCAGGCCUGCAGCCAAGCUGCCCGCCCGCUGCCUGUUCUGACCCACCAGGCCCCUCCAGGAGGACUGAAGACCCUGAUGAUCAGCGAGAGCAGCUCUACCAGCAGAGCCGGGCCUAUGUAACCACAAACAAGCGGCUGCGGCAGGCUGGGGAUGAGCUGAGGCAGAAGUGCGAGGACCUCCAGUUAGCUGGACAGGAGCUGGAGCAGGACAUCAGCCAGGUGACCUGGGCAGCGCUUCCAGGGACCUCAGCCACCUCCUCGAGCUAACCAGGGCCUGCAGGUCUGGGGCAGCACCCGAUGCCACCCACUUCUGGCUCCUCCCCAGGGACCUGAGCGCCCCAGGUUGGCAUUCCAUGAGGGCCCAGCACCUGUGGCCAGCCCUGCUUUUCUCCUUCACUCUGGCAGCAAGAGGUCAUGGUGUUUCCCCUGACGCUGGACUGGUGGGACCUACUCAGUGGUCUUGGCUCUGCCUGGACAGAGGAUGGGGAGGUUGGAUGCUCUCUGGAGUUCUGUCCCCUCCACUCACAGUGGCCCCUGGUUGGAGCUGAACUUCUGGGGCAGUGGCACCUCCUCACUCCCCCAGCGUAGGGGAGUGUGCUCAGGGCACUGUGAACCUGGUUUCAGGUAUGCGUGCUCCCCAGGAAGGGCCGGUCCAUCUGUUCAACUAGGUCCAGGUGCCUGGCCAGAGGUCAGGGUGCAGGACUGACCUGUUGACUGUGUAGCUCAGCCAGAUGGGCUCCCGCCCUGCAUCACGUAGCCCGAGGGCCAGCCUGAGUUUCUGGUCCACCUCCUUCCCAUUUGGAAGCUCCUGCCACAGACCACAGUGAUCUUCACAACUACCCUGGCUGCUGAGGUCACUGGCCCCAAGAAAGAAUCCCUGAGACUAGCCACACUUGGACUAUGUCCCUGUGGUCAAGGGGAUUUUUCUGGCCACUCCACUGCCCAGAGUCUGGCUGGGGUCUUUAGGCCCUGUGCCCCAUCCUCGUGGUCCUGUCUUCUGGGGGCUGUGGAGGCUGGGUAGGAGAAUCUUGAAAGGGGUGUUCAUUCUGAACAAACAGGCAGAGACCAGAGGAACUUGGGCCUGGGAGAGGUACAGAGCCAGGCCCCCAGCCUCCCCACCAGCCCCCAAGGAUGAAAUCCCCUUUGCAGCUGACUGGCUGCCCAAAUGGUGCCUCUGAGCCACUGCUGCCCAGGGACCACGCCAACUCGGGGGUGCACACAGACAUCCUCAGGGCUCCUGUUUAGGGUUCUGAGCGUGGCGCCAUCACAGUCCUGCAGGGUGGCUAGAAUCACCACUGCUCCUUGCCCUCUCCACCCUGCACACACAGUUCCCCAGCAGACAGGCUCUUUCCUGAACAUCAGAGGGGUUUCUCCCAGUAAAGGGUUACUGCUUAAGCCAAAGAGACUUCCUAACGAGAAACGAUCUGGUGGGGCCCAGACUAAGCCUUUGGGGCUUCUCACGGAUCACCUACCCCAAAGCUUUGCUGCCUGGCCCACUGGGAGUGGAGGUCUGGUCCUGAUUCCCACCAUCCCUUUCCCACACACCUCUGCCUAGCCUUAGCCGGCCUUGGCAUGUAGGCCAGCCCAGCACCUUCCAAGGUGCUGGUUCUGCAUGUAGUACUGUUUUGCUGUGAUGGCCCUGUCCCACCAGGGCCUGCCCAGACCCCUGCCCUGCCUCACACUGGGACUGGCAGCCAGGAAUUGACAUCCAGAAACAAAGGCCCAGGCGAGCCAACUGCUGGGAAGCUGUCUCCAUGGGACCAAGGCAGUUCGCCAGCCCUUCCCUGUCCUGGAAUAAUCACCCUCACGCAUUGGUCCAGCUUCCAGGACCUGACUAGAGGUGUCCACUCAGCAUGCGGGGCCCUCCUGUGGUCGACCCGGAAAGCCCUCCCCCGCCUCACCCCGUCCUGGGCACAGGAGCCACGGCAGCUGAGGGCGACUCAACAGCACAGUUUAUUAAAGGUGCAGAGAAGCAGA